ACCGGCAGACUUGCGCCUUUGCGCCAGGCCGAGUCUGCGCCCAGAAAAACGACUUUUCUUCUCUGGGGGGUGACGGUUUCCAGCAUCGAUUUCCCGGACCUGGUAACAUGGCAAAAGAUGCCGCUCUAAUUGAAGCCAACGGAGAACUAAAGGUCUUUGUAGACCAGAAUCUUAGUCCCGGAAAAGGCGUGGUGUCCUUGGUGGCCGUCCACCCCUCCACCGUGAGCGCGCUCGGGAAGCAGCUCUUGCCGAAGACCUUCGGACAGUCCAACGCCAACAUCGCACAGCCGCUGGUGGUCAGCACGCCGCAGAGGCCCGCAGCGCCCAGCACCAUCGUGGUGGGGAGCCCGCACACGCCCAGCGCCCACUUCGUCUCUCAGAACCCGCCCUCCGACUCCUCACCGUGGUCCGCUGGGAAGCGCAGCAGGAAAGGGGAGAAGAGCGGCAAGGGCCUGCGCCACUUCUCCAUGAAGGUCUGCGAGAAGGUGCAGCGCAAGGGCACCACCUCCUACAACGAGGUGGCCGAUGAGCUGGUGGCCGAGCUCGCUUACGACCAGAAGAACAUCCGCCGCCGCGUGUAUGACGCCCUCAACGUCCUCAUGGCCAUGAACAUCAUCUCCAAGGAGAAGAAGGAGAUCCGCUGGCUGGGCCUGCCCACCAACUCGGCCCAGGAGUGCCAGAACCUGGAGGUGGAGCGGCAGCGGAGGCUGGAGAGGAUAAAGCAGAAGCAGGCCCAGCUGCAGGAGCUCAUCCUGCAGCAAAUCGCCUUCAAGAACCUGGUGCAGAGAAACCGCCAGGCGGAGCAGCAGGCCAGCCGGCCACCCCCGCCCAACUCUGUCAUCCACCUGCCUUUCAUCAUCGUCAACACCAGCAAGCAUACCGUCAUCGACUGCAGCAUCUCCAACGACAAAUUCGAGUACCUGUUCAACUUCGACAACACGUUUGAGAUCCAUGACGACAUCGAGGUGCUGAAGCGCAUGGGCCUGGCGUGUGGCCUGGAGUCCGGCCGCUGCUCCGCCGAGGACCUGGAGACAGCUCGCAGUCUGGUGCCGAAAGCUCUGGAGCCGUAUGUGACAGAAAUGGCUCAGGGACCUAUCGGCGGCGUGUUUGUCUCCACAGCAGGCCCCACGUCCAACGGCACCAGGCUUUCUGCCAGCGACCUGACCAACGGUGCAGAUGGGACGCUGGCCACCAGCUCCAACGGGUCUCAGUACAGCAGCUCCCGGGUGGAGACCCCAGUGUCCUGUGUCGGGGAGGACGACGACGACGACGACUUCAAUGAGAACGACGAGGAAGACUGACUUCCCGGCCGCAGCCUCCCGCCUCAGUUCAUCUUCAGGAACAGGGACCUGGGGAAGAGAAGUGACCGUGGGCUUAGUGUCUUUGGGCCCGCUCCCGAGAAGGCACUGGCGAGCUGCUGGCUUGUGACCUGCGCCUCUGAGCGCGAGGGCUGUUUUCGCGGGACCGUGCAGUGCGCCGGUCGGGUUUGCGCUCUGAUUUUCCAUGUUUUCCCCAAAUUCAGAGUUCAUUUCUGACCCUGGACAGUUCUUGCUGAGCUUACUGAAGUUGCGCUUUGCCCACACCUGCAACCCGACCGUAGACUGCGCUCUGUGGACGGCCGCACCGACGCCGCGUCUGCCACGUGAAGCACUGGCCGUGGACAUUAGGGGCCCGCAGUCCUGCUCGAGUCACGUGGCGUCCAAAGACCCAAGCAAUAGCAGAACUCGACCUAAACAUCGAGCCCAUAAAUUGAAUUAGGACUCCGUCGCCCCUAAAUUAUAUUGACUGCUGCGGUUCCGCCACGCUGACGCGCGUGCUCUGGCAGCAAGCUGCAGGGUACUUGUGUGUUUGCUAGAAGCUCACUGGCACGCUGGCGCGGCUCGAGCUGUCUGGGACGCUUGGAAUGGUUUAUUGCUUAUGGUAAAAUUCGCCUGAUUUCUUACAGGCAGUGUUUGGAAACUUUUUAUCCUGUAGUUGUUUACAUACUGACCUGUCUCAUUUAAAGAUAUGUACUGAAACAAAUGUCUAUUUGUUUCAUAAGCAUCUUCCUGUAAUCUAUUAUAAAGUUGAAAUUAAAUAUAGAGAAUGUUUUAACAGUUUUUUAACUCAAAAUUUGUCAAUCAUUUUUAAUAGUUCUUUUUUUAUAAAAAGAAAGAGAACUCGAAGGACAGGCAGUGGUUGCUUUUAAAACUUCCUCACCAAACAGUAACGGCGCAGCUGCUGUUAGCCGCCCGCUCUAAAAUGAUCUUUUUAUUGAAACACAGAUAAACCUUUUCUGUAAUAUUUUAUGGAAUAUAAAGAGACUUUAAUUGUUUGACUUGUUAAACUUGGCACUGUUAGUUUUUAUUAAUAAAACGCGCAUGGGCAUUUAA